AGAAAUUACAAAUUUGAGUUUUUUUAAAUUUAAUUAUUUUUUUGUUCUCCUCAAAAAGCAUUUAUAGAAGUAGCUGUAAUGAUGAGGCAUCUCCACAAUAUCUUGGCCGAAGUGUUUUCUUCUUUGCCCAAAUGAUGUGUUGAACUCUCAAAUUUCCUGGUAGGGUUUGAGCAUUCUCACAGGGAAUUUGCAGAAAUUUUGGAAGGACAUUACAUUCUCAUCUUUUUCUCACGGAUUUUCGAUUAGAGGAAACCCUAAACUUUCAGAUUGUGGAAUUUGUGAGUGUGGAUUGAGAAUUUGAGAGUAACCUUUGUCGGAUUUGGAGAUAAGGACAUGGAUAGAUCAAGAUCUAAGAGGUAUUACUACGACCAGGACUACGAUUCCGAUAACCUACCCAGAACAAAACAGAGGUAUAAUCAGCAUAGCAACCACCAUUAUGCGCCGCAGUCCAACCAGCACCGCCGAUUGGCUUCUGGAGGCGGCGGAGGUGGUCGGAAAAUGCAAGACCCUUCGCUCAUGGUGACUACCACUUAUAGGAUCUUGUGUCACGAUGUGAAGGCCGGGGGCGUGAUUGGGAAGUCCGGGAGCAUUAUUAAGGCGAUUAGGCAGCACACGGGGGCUUGGAUUAACGUGCAUGAGUUGAUGCCGGGGGACGAGGAGCGAAUCAUCGAGAUUUCCGAUACACGGAGGCGGGACCCUGAGGGACGAAUGCCGUCCUUCUCGCCGGCCCAGGAGGCCUUGUUUUUGAUACACGAACGGAUUCUGGAGAGUGAUGCUGCUUUCAAUGCGGGGUUUGGAGGUGGAGGUGGAGGAGGUGGUGGUGGUGGUGGUAGUGGGGACGAUGAGGAGGAGUACGGAAUGAGGAGUGGCGGCGGCGGGUCUAACCGGGUGGUGUCUAGGCUGGUGGUUUCGAGAAUGCAUGUGGGAAGUUUACUUGGAAAAGGAGGGAAAAUUAUUGAGCAAAUGAGGAUGGAGACUAAGACCCAUAUUAGGAUUUUGCCCAGAGAUCACACUUUACCUCGCUGUGUAGCAAUGUCUGAGGAGAUUGUUCAGGUUACUGGUGAAAUGAAUAAUGUAAAAAAUGCUAUUGCAAUCAUUUCCUCACGCCUGAGGGAGAGCCAACACCGUGAUCGCACUCAUUUCCAUGGCAGGUUGCAUUCGCCUGAACGAUUUUUUCCUCCGAAUGAUGAUUUUGCUCCACCCAUGAACAAUUUGGGACGCAGAGCGUCUGUUGAUGGGCCUAACUUUGGUUCAAGAUUGUCUGGUGGUUUCAACAGUUCCCGGGGUAAUAGUAAUUCCUCACGCGCUUCUGGUUAUUCCAUCGAAUCAGGUGGUGGUCCUUUCACUGACAAUGCACAGUUGAUUGCUGGUGAACUCCUAGUUUUUCGAAUUCUAUGUCCAGUUGAUAAGGUUGAUACUAUUAUUGGGGAGUCAGAUGGCAUUAUAGAAUUGCUUCAGAAUGAUAUCGGUGUGGAAGUUGAGAUUACUGAUCCUGUUGCUGGCUCAGAUGAACAGAUUUUUAUCGUAUCGUCUGAUGAGGGUCCAGAUGAUGAGCUCUUUCCUGCUCAAGAAGCUCUGUUGCAUAUACAAACUGCCAUUGUUGAUCUUGUUCCAGAAAAGGAAAACAUUGUCACAACCCGGUUAGUUGUGCAAUCAGAUGAAGUUGGAUGCUUAGGAGGGAGAGAUGGUGCAUUGUCUGACAUACAGAAAAUGAGUGGUGCAGAUGUACAUAUUCUUCCAAAGGAAGAACUUCCAUCAUGUCUAUCCGACACUGAUGAGAUUGUACAGAUUGUUGGCGAGAUAAAAGCAGCUAGAGAGGCACUUAUUGAGGUGACAACAAGGCUAAGGAGUUACACUUAUCGGGAACUCUUCCAGAAAGAGACACCACCUCCAAUAUCUGCUCCCAGCCCUAUGGGGAAUUUAAGUGGAGCUGAGACAGCUUCUUUGAACAACAAUUCUCUGUCUCAAGAAAAUCAUACUGUAACUGACCCUGCUGCUUCAAUUCAUCAAAAUGGACCAAAUAUACCAACACCUCAUUCAUUAAAGGAUGCUGGAGCCCCUGUGAGCGAGAUAGCAAAGCAAAAUGACAGUGAGCGUCUUAAAGAUAUGCCAAGUGGAUUGAAUAGAAUACCUGUACCAUUGGUCACUAGGAGUACAUUGGAAGUUGUCAUUCCACCACAUGCAGCUCCAAAACUAAUAACCAAAUCAAGAAACAAGCUUGCUCAGAUCAGUGAGUUGUCAGGAGCCACUGUAAAAUUGAUUGAAGAUAGACCGGAAGUAACAGAGAAGAUUAUCCAAAUAUCGGGUACACCAGAUCAAGCUGAAAGAGCUCAGAGCUUGCUUCAAGGAUUUAUUUUAAGUACUCAAGAAGACGGCCUCUGAACAGACAUGGACAAUUUUGCAUUGCUGACGGACGACAAGAUGCCAAGUUCUUUAUCUUGCAGUUCUCAUGUACGGGAUCGUGUCCCUGAUUUUCGCAUUAUAAUAGGGCAGGGCCUAGCAAGGCAUUGGUAAAGCAUGCUCUGAGUACCGUACCACCUGCAAAAAAAAAAAAAAAAAAAAAAAAAAAAGAAUGUUUAGCCUUUGGUAAUGUAAUUUGUGAUGUUUGAUGUUCUUCAAUCUUCAAUGUUGUUUGUUUGGUUGUAAUUGUUAAUUGUGUAACAAGUUCCAUCGAUGGGGUUUGCUUUCUGUGCCUCCUUCCGCUUCCCUCAUCUCCCAAAGUACAAAUUAGGAUGAUGUUUUAGCGGAAAGAUGAGGUCCUGUCCCUAAUAUUUAUUC